AUGGUUGACGAGCAGUCUCAUGCACAAUUGAAAGGAGCUGUGAUCACUAGCAAUAUCGAGGAUCAGCUUUCGUACAGCGAUGCCAACAAAACGGUUGGAGGAUACAUUGAAGAUGAGGCACCCGAAGCUGGUGAAGUAGGGCCUGAACGUGAGAAACUACCGCGGUUUUCGUCCACCAUCAAGGUGGUAGCAAGAACUGAUACUCAAGAAACCUUAAAAGAUGAUAAAGAAACGUCAGAAGCACAAUUGGAUGACCUUGACGACUUUUUUUACGGAGAUUAUCUUUUAGGUGGUAAGUCGGUUUCGCAAGAAAAAGGUGUUGUCGAGGACUCAGAAAUACCGCGUUUGGAUGUAAAGCAGGUUCGGCGUUUCAAGCGAGAGGAUAAGCCCAGAGAAUCCGAGACCGGCGAUGUAGCGACGAAUACGAGAACUACUCGUCGCCGUCGAGUUUCGCAUGCAUCCAGUAGCUCCCAGAGCUCCGAGAUAUCCCAAUUAAGUUCUCGAAGUAGCUCAGAGGAGCGUUCGGCUCCCUUACCACUCGAGAAGAGACCGAAAGUGAUAGCAGCACAAGUGCCAGACAGGACCGACACCAUCAUAAUUUCCGACGAGCUACAAACCACCCAAGAACGCCCUGCUAGGAGAUCUGUGGACCCCUCGGCUGGGACGAGAACACCGGAAGCUGAGGGCAUUGCUGCGUAUCCGAUAAAAUUUGUGUCUCAGCUCGAAGGAUCCCAAGGCAAAGCUGUCGAGAUCAAAGUUCAAGGUGGGCACUCGUUUUCAUCUAUAUUACCAACGGCUCUUUCUACACUUACCGAGGAGUAUCCGAUUCCACCUGAGCUCCAACAUAUUUACGCCGCAGACCGUGUGACUUUAUUUUAUGGGAAUGGCGUGAAGGUCUUAGGGUUCAUGAAAUGCAGUUCGUUCCGACAAGCCGAAAAUGAAGAGAACGAUAAUCAGGAUAUUGAGAUUUACAUGGUGUCAACUGACAAGGCAAGGGAAUAUGAGAGGAAUUAUGCUGUUUUGCGUCAACAAGAGUUAGAGAGCCUAAGUGCGACGCCUGAAGUUCUCGUAGAUUUUACAAAGCAAAGGGGACCGCUACGAAUAGAAGAAUCUGAUGUUGAAGGUUCUGACGAUAGCUUACAAAUUAUUGAACCAUCAGAAGACGAGGCGAGAGUAUUGAGGAUUGCAUUGAUGGGCCAAGACAACAAGAAGUUCUACGUCAAUGCACGUGAGAGAACCACGUUUGCCAAACUUGCCGAUUAUUACCGCUCUGCCAACAGGAUUCCGUCAUCAAAAAAUUUGACAUUAACUUUUGACAGCGAGAAAGUCGAUCUAAAUUGCUCUGUUGAUGACUUAGAUUUGGAGGACGACGAUAUACUCGAAGUAGUUGUUACCUAA